AUGUCGUCUUCAAGUCAAAAUACCUUACCGUUACAAGAAAAUAUAGAGUGUGAAGUAACGGGCAACGAGAUAAAUCGCGCUCGACUUGUCGCGCUUGCUGUCAGGGAAGCUAUUUCUGUAGCUAGCCAGCAAGACUGGAAUGCUGCUUGUCGAAUGAUUUUGCAACAUAAAUUACUCACUUGGUCUGAAAAGAAUACAAUUGUUGCCUUAUUACAAACAAAACCUUCAU